AUGGCAGCUUCCCGAGCAGCUGAGACUACAGAACAAGGGCAGAUUGGUUUGCCACAGCCCGCCUACAUCAUUGUUCGUCUACUAUUGGCUAUAUAUUUCGAUAGUCUCAUCGUUUACGGCAUUCUUUGGCCACCAUCUGAAAUUGAUCCUCAUGUAUCAAAGUAUUUUUAUCUUUAUUUUACGUCAUGGGGCUAUAUUAUUUUGUGUAUUCAUUUAACAUUGGCAGCCAUUAUUGUCAGCUACAUGUCAUGGGUUUACAAGGGAACUGAAGAAAGGUUUUCCGUAUCUCUUUCUUCACCCGUUCUGUCUGCUCGUUUGCCGAGUAUAUCAUCUGAAUUAUCCUUGACUUUACAGUUGCCCGAAACUACUAUCAAACUGCGUGCAGGUUUUAAUACAAAAUCAUACAAUCUUAAUGAUUCGUCAAUAUCUACACCCUGGUAUGUUAAACCAUCAUGGAUGUUUUAUACUAUUCAUGUUGUUAGCUCAAUUAUAAUAACCAUCGUCUAUUUUAUCGCCAUAUUUCGAUUUCAUCUUAUUAAUGAGAGUAGAUUGUGGAAUGGAUUGAUCGAUGCUAUUUUACUUGUUCGUUAUCCUAUACGUAUUUUACACAUGAUAUAUUUACUUUUGGUGGCUGUCUUGAUAUGUAGUGGAGAUUGUUUAGAAAUUAAAUUUCGAAUUGAAAUUAUGGUGCUUUGA